UUCGUAAGGCAUUUUUGUAGCGUUAUUUAACUAUAGUCAGCCGAACGGAGCGACUUUGGACCGUUCACGGCGGCGGACGCCAUACCCGGACUAUGAAAAUCCGACGAGAACACUCACCGUAGCGCCACAGAAUCAAUAAACAGACUGCAAAACCCCAGUUCAUGGGAAGGUGGAGAGCUGCUGCUCUCACUCUCUCACGCAUAGCCACCAAGCCCAAACCAACCGAUCCCAACUCCCCCGCGAACCCGCCUCGCAGGUUCGCAGAUUUUGCAUCCUCAGCUUCAGCGCCCAUAUUUCGAUUGCUGAAUUUGAAGUCGUUUUCCGCCGCCCCGUGGCCGUCUCCUCUCUACAUCGAUGAAUUCGACUGCAAUCCUGUUGAUUUUGCUCAGAGCCCGAAGCGCAAACCGGUCGUGGAAUCUGGAAAAAUUCCAAUCAAAGCUUAUUUUCUUUCCACCAGUAUUGAUUUGAAGAGCUUGCAAGCAGAGCAUUUCAGAAAUGUCAUUCCUCCAGCCUCUCGUUCAUCAAACUAUACAGUACUCAGAUUUCGGAACUUUCCAUUAUCCACUGCCAUUGGAAUUGGAGAAAAUGCAGACUGCUUCCACCACAUGGUUGUCUUCCAGUAUGGUUCAGCUGUCCUGUUCAAUGUCGAUGAUGAUGAAGCCGAAUGCUACCUUCAAACAGUGAGAAGAUAUGCGACUGGAUUGCUUCGGGAGAUGAAAAAAGAUGAUUAUGCAGUAAAAGAGAAGCCAUCAUUGAUUGAGGAUAUGGAGGGACGCCCGGACUACAUUGUUCUGAAAAAUCUGGACACAGAUAGUAUCCGUGUAAUUAGCAGUGUGCUUGGGCAAAGUAUUGCGCUUGAUUACUUUGUCUCACAGAUUGAUGGAAUGGUUGAAGAAUUUGCUAAUAUAAAUCGUGAAAUGGAGAGAACUGGAAAUUUCACAAUGGACCGGAAGAAGCUCUUUCAGCUCGUUGGCAAGGCUAAUUCAAACCUAGCCGAUGUAAUUUUGAAAGUCGGCCUUUUUGAGAGAUCUGAAAUUGCUUGGCGAGAUGCAAAGUAUGCCCAGAUACUCGAGUACCUGUCUGAGGAAUAUGAGGUGACACAACGCUUUGCCAACCUUAACUUCAAACUCAAAUUUGUUGAGCAUAACAUUCAUUUUCUUCAGGAAGUUCUUCAAAACAGAAAGUCGGAUCUACUAGAGUGGGUCAUCAUAGUUUUACUGGCCAUAGACAACAUUGUUUCUGUAUAUGAGAUUCUUCGCGAGUCGACUGCUGUUCCUAUGUGAACAUCAUAUAUAUGCACUAAUCAUAUUCUUUUUAGCCUAUAACAUUGAUACAGAACACCCUCAAAGAAAGGGGAUGUAUUUUUUGUUUCAUCUUCUAUUUUGAUGCAAUAUAACAUGAUCUUGGUCUUCCUUUAAA